AUGCAGGUCCCCCCUCCGAGUGCCUACUCGUACGCUGAGGCGUACAACGGGCUCAGCCCUCGGGACGACAGUCCCGUCGUGCUUUUCGGCUCCCUCGACUCACAAAUCUUCGCAGAUCAUUUCGAAGGCGGGGGAAAGUCGUACUACUACACGGGAUCGCCUCGUGCAUCGAGGGUCAGCAAUUUGAGUGAAACACCGCCACUCUCUGACAUCACUUCAGAGGGCGUAGAUACGUCGAGUGAAGACGAGGAAGAUUAUCUAGAGGUGUUGCGCAAGUGGCCCGCCGCUCAACGUGUGUUUGGUAGUUCGCUGGAGCACGCGGACUUUCCAAAGGUCUACCGCGCCGUACAGGAGACCGAGCUUUCUCGCGAGGAGUGGAGGCAGCUGCGAUCGUUCCUAAUCCAACACCCCUUCAUUGUCCGGCAUUUCUGGUUCGACUACGAUAUGGUCAAACAAACUAUCACUUCCGGUUCCCCGGGCACCCUUCAUCAAGUCGUCGCUCCUAUGAUCGAUAAAGUGGUCGUGAAGCCAAUUAUCAAACCGUGGAUGGAGCGCUACCCCCUCGACUACGCGUACCUCCAGCAGAUUCCGGGCCAGAUGGACGUAUCAUCAGACCGGUUGGCAGUGCCGGACGUCACCAUCAAUCUCCUCUUUAGACCACCUAAGACUACCUCAGACCAGAACGACUUCGAGCUGGUGGUUGUGGAGAACGCUCACUUCGAGAAGACCACCCAUGUCUUGCAGAAGACGGCCCGGAUGAUGAUCCGUGGACGCAAUCAGGACGCCAGCUUGCGAGUGCCUGCGGAGGAGCGCAUGGAGUCCACGGAUGCAUUGUCGGCCUCACAGACUAGCACGAGUUCGGACGACUCGAGCAAGCUUUCCGCGCUCACCUCGCGGACUAGCGAGAGUUCGGGCCACUCGAGUAACCCUCCAGCUCUCCCGUCACUGUCUGACCAGAACGUACGCGAACGCCACGUCAUUAUGGACGCGCACGGCGAACUGUCCGAUCUAAGCUCUCUCACGAUCUCGCACGAGGACGAGGGGUCGCAGACCAGGACUUACAAAUCCACGACAUACAUCGUCGUCAUCCUCGAGGAGACCCACGUAGAUACUACCCAGGCGGAGCUACCUGAUACGGUCGAUAUCAAACCUCACCGUUGGCAGGAGCUUCCGCUCGACGACGAUUGCAUCUGCGGCGGGUGGGCGUACGGGGGUAAAGUGUAUGUCGGGCGGACCCGUGCGGUCGUGUUGGCGUUCCAGGGGUCGGACGAUGCCAAACUCUUGAUGCUGCGGGCGGGGUCCUUCACACUGGCCGACUGGAUUUACCACCACAAGGCGUUGCGUUUGCGCUCGAACUGGGCCACAGCGACCGACGAGGAACUGUGGCAGCGUGACGCUUUCUUGGGGGAAACGUGGUAUCGCUGCAUGGGUGAGAUACGACACCAGAUUUUCUGCCACACCACCAUGGGCCGGUACUGGUUGAACCCAUCGAUCGACGUGGAUCCUGAAGUUUAUAUCAAGACACUGGGUGAUGAGGAAGACGACCUCAACUAUCAGGAUCCACCAAUGACAGAUCCCUCCGUCAACAUGCAGAUGGAACUCCGGCACGCGGCGUAUACUAAUGCGCUGGAGCGUCGGGCCAAGAACCAGCCUGCCGCUGCGUGUUAG